AUGCCGCAACGAGGCCGUGUGGUCAUCGACUUCAGCAACGACGACAGCCCGUCACCGCCGCCCAUGUCGCAGAGCAUGCGACACAUACAGCAACCCGUCUCAGAUUCACGAUUCAUAACGCCUUCCGACGACAGCGACGACGAGGUGCAGAUCCUUGAUUGGGGUUUCCGCAAACAAGCCAAUGACAAAGGCCCGUCGAACAUCACCCAGAAGCCCAAUGUCGGUCACUCUUCAAUCACCAGACCCAGCGUCCAAGAGUCGAGGAACAAUGAUGCUAAGAAGACUGCUUCACAAUCGCCUUCUGGCAAUCGACCGCCUCAACAACCUCCUACACGAGUUGGAAGUACUCGUCCACCCCAGCAACCCUUCGCACGAGCUGGAACUGCUCGUCCACCCAAGCAACCUUUCGUACAAGCUGGAACUGCUCGUCCAUCCCAACCACCUGCAGUAGAACAACCUCUGGCACAACCUCUGGCACAACUAAGAAGGACCCAUCCGCCUGCACCUAAUUCUCCUGCGCAGCACCCAGCAUCUCUCGUGCCCACGCAAGCUAGCAACAACAAUCCUGUGUCGAUAACAAACCCCUCGACAAGAGAGUUUCUCGCUGCUCUCUCAAAGUCUCGUAAUUUUGCAUCUUCGACGAACUUGACACCAACCCUCCCACCUGGCGCAAGGCCACUAGCCCCUAGUAGACAGGUUCCAUCAUCGCAACCGCAAACCCCGAGGCCUUCGCCAGCACUACAUAGUCAGGCUCCCCUGCGGCAUGGCCCCCGACCACACGAUUCUCAACUACACACUCUCAGAUCAAAUACUCCAGUGCCGGUCAAUGCAAGACAUUCUCUGGGUUCCGCAGCCUCGCAGUCGCAGUCUACACAGCCUACAAGGCAAUCGCAAACAUCUGCUUUAGCGCCGAGUCUUGCAUCGUCUGUGAACGCACCUUCCAGAGAUUUGUUGAGAGAUGCCAUAAAGGAAAGUGGUAAAGUGAAUGGUACCGACCAUGGCCGCGCUAGCGGCAGCAUACCGCCAUUAUCAAGCGAAGAAUCGUCGUCACUCAACGUACCUUCCUCCAGAAACCCUGCCAUGCUAUCAAAACCAUUGUCGUCUCUAACAGCAAAUUCGUCCUCGCAUACACUUCCACAACCACGCAAAGAGCCAGUAGCAUUGCGUGCGAGUCCAAAAAUGCCACCGUCUUCGAUCAACCCAGUGCCAUCACCGUCGCAUCAACAAUCGCUUUCCGGACAGAAGCCUGUUCUGCACACCACCUGUAUUGAAAUCGAAUCCUCAAGUGAAGACGACUUCGUGACUGCUGCUGCCGCCAGUCCAAGAUCACUAGGUCUUGACUCUUCUUCCAACUCACCACGCGCAGGCAAGAGGAAGCUUGUGGAACUUGACGAUGAAGAACCAGUAAAGCGCGUUCGAAGCACCCGCCUCUCUGCAGCCACAAAGCAGCCAGAUGAAAUACCAUUUGAAGACGACGCUGUCGGUCCCCUCGAUGACGGCGUUGUCGGGUCCGUCGAAGACGACCAACAACCGUAUACCUUCCCGGCAGACAUAUCCAAGAUCCCGCCAUUCAGCAACAGAUACGGACAGCCGUUCACCAUGGAGGAAGAUGCCUUGGUCGUACAUUUAAAAGAGGCCGUCGGUAUUCCGUGGAAAGAAUUUGAACACCUUUUUCCUGGAAGGAAGUGGCCUUCUAUGCAAACAAGGUACUCCAAAGUUCUGUCUAAACGCACUUCAAAGCCAGUUGCCACGAUUUCUUCUACUCAACAAUUCCUCAAUAAAUCAUUGCCUCGUCUCACUCGAGGACUCAGGCACAGAGCACAAGCUCAAGCAGACUCCGUGGAUCCUUCUGUAGCGUCUCAAGAAGAAAAAGAAGAAGCCGAGGCUGUGGAAGACGAUUCGAAUCGCUGCAGGCGCAGCGUGAAGCCCCUGAACUAUCUCGUUCGACAUCGAGAACUCGGAGCUAGACACGGCCGAGAAUGGCCAAGAAAGUUCCAAGCGGGAGUUAGGGAUCUUGUGUACAGCAGCAUGGGUGCCCAAGCCUAUAUGGACAACGCCUCCGGUGAUGUUUCGACAAUCGCAUGGUCGCCAGACGGCAAUUUAUUUGCUGCAGGCGCCGUCGCUGUUACGGACGUACAUUCUGUUGACUACAACAAGCCUCGAAACCUCAUUGUGGGAGAUGUUGCAACACAGAACAUCAAGGAGCUACCGCACCAUGCCAUCAAUCACGUGCUGCCUAGUGGACAACGGAAAGAACUGUUUUCCACUGUGCAAGUGGUAGCUUUCAGUCCUGACAGUAAAUACAUGUACUCUGCUGGCAUUGAUCAGCGUCUACACAGGUUUAGAGGUGGUGAAUCCCCGCAUGAAACUACACUUGUACACAGUGUGGAACAUCCGGCAUCCGUGGACUUUCUUUCCAUUAGCAAUAGUGGAUUGGUUGCUACUGGUUGUGCUACAUCAGGCCCUGACUCAAUCAAGGUCUUCUCAUAUGAAGAUGACACCUUGACAGGAUCUAUUGGCCUCUCUAGCACAGUUCAGAGCAACAAAACUCCGUCAGCACUAAGAUGGGGUGCAGCGCACCAGCAUCAGAACUACUUGUUAGCAGGCUUCUCGCGCGAGGCUGAAGUAUUCUAUGCAGAAGAUGACAGAAGAGACAAAGAAGGAGAGGUUGCAUUAUGGGAUAUAAACACCCAGCAGAGAAUCGAAACUGACGCUCCAAACCGGAAUGUCUUUGAUCUUGCAUGGAACCCAAGUCCUAGCAGCAACUCAUCUAUCUUUGCUGUGGCUAGCAGGCCCAUUAGCCAUGUCGCCCACAGUAUACACUCGGUUGUGCGAUUGUACUCGCCUCAACAGACUCGUGCGCAGCACACGAUGGAACUCGACUGUCCAGCGUGGGACAUCAAUGACGUUGUGUAUUCUCCUCACGACAACAAUCUGAUUGCAGUAGGCAGUACCGAAGGCCGAGUCUACAUAUGGGACGUCCGAUAUGCCAAACACGGUCAGUUGCCUCUGAAUACUCUUAGACAUGGAGAAUCUUUAGCGAUUAUGCCCCAUGAAAGAAGGAGAUGGGAAGUCGACACUGGCAUCCGGUUCUUAUCCUGGGGCACUGAACGUGAUCGGUUGUACACCGGAUCGUCUGACGGAGUGGUGGCUUGCUGGGACCCCUACCGGGGUGAUUCUGACAAACAUGUUCGCGACGUGGUUCACCUCAACUCAGCCGUCAUGUCCGGCGCAUUUAGUCCAGACUUCUCUCACCUGUUGAUCGGAGAGGACGCGACUCGGUUGAACCUGCUCUCUGUUGGCAAUGACGGAGCCAAGUUUGACAGAAAGACCACGAAGUUCAGCGUGGAGGAGGCACCUCUGCAAGACGAACCUGGUCCAGUACUCUUGAACUGUCAAAAGAUGCUAGACGUUCUAGCACUCGAGGUCAAGCCAGCAGGAACCAUGCCUUUCCGACAAGUAGUCCAAGGACCGAACUAUGAAGGUCCAUACCGCCCUGAUGCUGAAGCAGACAGGGAGAAGGCUCAGAGAUUCCAAGACAAAGCGCUGAGAUCUUUCAGGCGUCGUAAGAAGCAAAAUCGCAAGUCCGGUCUCCAGACAGCAGAGCCUUGUGGCCUCGACUGUGGAUUCAUUCCUCUGCCAGACGACUAUGAAGCUCCAGAAACAUGGUUAUCGAAGCGCAUUCCAGAUCGUAUCCGGGAUUGGGCCAAAGAGCGAGCCGACAUCGAUUGCUUCCGCUGUGGAAAGAUGGCGACCAUCAGCCCGAGAACUCAGACGAUUGAGUGUGAUAGUUGCGGCACAGCAUGGAGGACAGGGGCAUUGGGCUACGAGGUGAUUGAGCAAGUCAAGGCCAGUGGAUCAAGAAGCAAGGCCGUAGAUGAAGGCUUUGUUGAUCUCUGCGACUCGGAGGAUGAGAGGGAACGCUUCAAAAUCAAGGCCCUCACUCGCACUGCGUCGCAGCAGCAGACGCCAGGCACUUCGGUGCAGCGCCAGACUCGCAACCUGGACCCGGCACUACACCCUUUCGAACGAGCACGCGAGUACACCAGAGCCCUGAAUGCGACCAAGAUGGACCGCAUGUUUGCCCAGCCCUUUCUGGCUCAGCUGGGCCGCGGUCACGUCGACGGAGUCUACACCAUGGCCAAGGACCCCAACUCGCUCGAGAGAUUUGCCUCGGGCAGUGGUGACGGUGUGGUCAAGGUGUGGGACUUGACGACGAGAGAAGAGAUCUGGCAGGCACAAGCGCACGAGAACAUAGUCAAGAGCAUGUGCUGGACACACGACAAGAAGUUACUUUCGUGCGGCAGCGACAGGAGCAUCAAGAUGUACGACCCCUACAACCAGGCCUCGAACGCCGCACCGCUGUCGACAUACCUGGGCCCUGCCGCCUUCACCUCCAUCACAAAGCACCGCACCGAACCCGCCGUGGCCGCCGCUUCCUCGGUCAUCAGCAUCUACGAUCUGAACAGACCAAACUCUGCACCGCUGCAGACGCUACAAUGGCCCAACAGCAUCGACACCAUCACCGCCCUCAAGUUCAACCAGACCGAAACCUCCAUCCUCGCUUCCACAGCCACCGACCGCUCCCUCAUUUUCUACGACAUGCGCACUUCUUCCCCGCUGCACAAAUCCGUCCUCACCCUCGCCUCCAACGCAAUCUCCUGGAACCCCAUGGAAGCCUUCAACCUCGCCGUCGCAAACGAAGACCACAACAUUUACAUUUUCGACAUGCGCAACCUCAAGCGCGCCCUCAACGUCCUCAAAGACCACGUCGCCGCAGUCAUGGACCGCAUGCAGCGCGUCUUCUCCGCCGCCUGGACGCCGGACAACAAUUACAUUCUGUCCGGCAGUGACGACGGCAAUAUUCGCUUAUGGCGCGCGCGUGCCUCUGAGCGUCAAGGAGUCAAGAGUGCGAGACAGAGACAGCAGCUUGAAUACGACAGAGCACUGGUGGAGAGAUACAAGCACAUGCCCGAGAUCAGGCGGAUCCACCGUCACAGGCAUUUGCCCAAGCAAGUCAAAAAGGCAUCCGAGAUCAAGGGCGAAGAGCUCAAGGCCAUCAGACGCAGAGAAGAAAACGAGAGGAAGCACAGCAGCAAGGGCGAUACAAAGAGAAGGAGCGAGAGAGAAAAAAUGGUCUUGCAGACGGAGCAGUAA